AUGUUUCGUGUUAUUUUUAUGAUAGUGACUUUUGCAUUAGCAUGUGAUUGCUUGUUGUGGCCCACGAGGUCGACGACCACGACCACAGAGAAGCUCACAACGGACUCCUCAACGCAGCCUAAGCCUUCGGCCUCCACAACACAGAACGGGCACGGGAGCUUUAACAAAUACUUCAUCUACACAAGAACCAAUCCCAGGUUCCCUGUGGAACUCAAUCUAGACGUACAAGAAUCAAUUGAUACUCUAAGCAAAGACAAUAGGACCAUUGUCAUCGCACACGGUUAUGAAGGCUCGGCCAUAACAUCUUUAAAUCCUACUGUGAAAGACGCGGCGCUUCAAAGUGAAGAUUUUAACAUCAUCGUACUGGAUUGGUCGGUGUACGCCGGCCAAAGUUACACCAACGCAGUAAACUCGGUGCCCGAUGUCGGGAGAGCCUUAGGGAAGCUCAUCAAUGAACUGGUCACCCGAGAAAUUGUGUCUCUAAGUAGGUUGCAUCUGAUCGGGUUUGAUCUGGGAGCUCACGUCAUGGCAUUUGCUGGGAGAGAGCUCAACGGAAAUGUCGCGAGGAUCACAGGCUUAAAUCCUUCUGGAAGUCAAUGGGGUACUAAUUCCCAACGCUUGACCUUCAACGAUGCUCUAUACGUUGAGGUCAUUCACACCGAUGGCAUAGGACCCCUCGCCAACGGCAUCGGAGACGCAGUUGGCCAUGCUGACUUCUACCCCAAUGGUGGAACCGGCCAACCCGGUUGCUUCUUAAACCACAAAUGCAGCCACAACCGUUCUUGGGAGCUCAUGGCUGCCACCUUUACGAACAACCAUUUAAUCGCCAACCGAUGUGGCAGCUGGUAUCAGGUCACCAUGAACUUAUGCCGAGGUUACCAAAUGUGGAUGGGCAACAGCGAAUUAGUCAAACAAGGGUCGGGUAUGUUCCGAGUGAAUACAAAAAGAACAUAUCCCUUCUAA